AUGAAGUCCCUUCAGCAAUUGACCCGCCGAACGGCCCUAACCGGCCUGGCAAUGCCCCGGAUCCUGUCCUCGCAGACCACCGCCGCCAGCCGGCUAUGGCAGAGGAAUUUCAGUGCCACCGCGGCCGCACAAUUGGCCAGUUUGGAUGCCUCCAAACUGACCGUGACCAAGACCCAGACUCCCAAGGAGCUCACUCCUAACAAGGACCUGGUUUUUGGCAAGACUUUCACCGACCAUAUGCUCUCGAUCGAGUGGACAGCUGAAGAUGGCUGGCACACACCCCGCAUUGUUCCCUACCAGAACCUCAGCUUGGACCCCUCCACCUGUGUGUUCCACUACGCCUUUGAGUGUUUCGAAGGAAUGAAGGCAUACAAGGACAAGACCGGUGGCACUCGUUUGUUCCGCCCGAACAAGAAUAUGGAGCGUCUGAACAAGUCCUCCGCGCGUAUUGCCCUACCGACGUUCGAUGGUGAUGAGCUGAUUAAGUUGAUUGGAGAGUUUGUGAAGCUGGAUGAUCGCUUCAUCCCGGAUGCUCGUGGUUACUCCCUGUACCUCCGUCCCACCAUGAUUGGUACUCAGAAGACUCUAGGUGUCGGUCCUCCUGGCUCGGCCCUUCUGUUUGUUAUUGCUAGCCCCGUCGGACCAUACUACCCGACUGGCUUCAAGGCCAUCUCGCUUGAGGCCACCGAUUACGCUGUCCGCGCCUGGCCCGGUGGUGUUGGUGACAAGAAGCUCGGUGCCAACUACGCUCCUUGCAUUCUGCCCCAGCUCGAGGCUGCUUCUCGCGGUUUCCAACAGAACCUGUGGCUUUUCGGUGAAGAGGAAUACGUGACUGAGGUCGGCACAAUGAACCUCUUCAUCGCCUUGAAGAACAAGGAGACCGGUCAGAAGGAGCUGAUCACUGCUCCUCUCGACGGCACUAUUCUCGAGGGCGUGACAAGAGAUUCCGUCCUCGCUCUCGCUCGUGAGAGACUAGAGCCCCAGGGCUGGGUUAUUUCGGAGCGCAAGAUCCGCAUGUCCGACGUCGCGGAGGCUGCCGAGGAAGGCCGCAUGAUUGAGGUCUUCGGUGCUGGCACUGCAGCCAUUGUCAGCCCCGUGCGGAACAUCAGCUACCGUGGUAAGCUGGUGGACUGCGGUUUGAAGAAGGAUGAGGAGGCCGGAGAGAUUGCUCUCCAGAUGAAGAACUGGAUUGAGUCCAUCCAGCACGGAGAUGAGGCACACGAGUGGAGGUAA